AUGUCGUCGAAACUGAUCGUCCUCGGCUCCGUCAAUGGCCAGUUUGCCGCGGCCUUUAAGAAGCUCGGCGCCCUCCACGCCAAGAACCAGUUUGCCUGCUGCAUUGCCACGGGCAAUCUGUUCGGCGAAGACGACGAUGACGACGAGCUCGCGCAACUUUUGGCCGGCCAGAUCGAGGUGCCCGUGACGACCUACUUUACCGUCGGCACGCGGCCGUUCCCGGCGCGCAUUGCGUCCCGGCUGGAGGCGGCCGCCCAGAGCGACGACGGCGAGGGCAACGAGAUCUGCCCCAACCUGCACUACCUCGGCAAGCGCAGCGUCACCAAGACGGCCGAGGGCCUGCGGAUUGUGGCGCUGGGCGGGCUGCUGGUCGACAACGACGGCGCGGCCUCGGCCGACGGCGUCGUGCGCGCGGGGCCCUCGACGGAUGCGUGUCUGCCGUUCCACUCGGUCGCCGACGAGACGUCGCUGCGGGGCGCCCAUGGCGCGGACAUUUUGUUGACGGCCAUCUGGCCGCGCGGGAUUCUCAAGGGCUCGGCCCAGACGGUGUUCCCGGCGGGCUCUGGCCUGGACCCAUCGCGCAUGAUCCCGGCCAGCGACGGCCUCGCGGACCUCGUGGUCGCCCUCCGUCCGCGGUACCACGUGACGGCGUCGCCCGACGUGUUUGGGAGCGAGGGAGGCGACGGUCCACCAACGACGACGACAACAACGCUCUUUUACGAACGCGAGGCCUUCUUCCACCCGGAGCGCCCCGACGCCUCGCACUCGCUCGCCAUUGAUGUGACGCGGUUCCUGUCGCUUGCCGCCUGGGGCAACGCUGCCAAGGCGAAAGCCCUCUACGCCUUUGCCCUGUCCCGCGAGGCGCCGACGCUGGUGCCCGCGGGGUGCACGCCAUCGCCGUUCCUGGGACGAUCCGACGCCAGCGAUCACGGUCCACGGAAGCGCCGGCAGCCACUCGAGGCCGAGCCGUACUCGCGCUUCGCACAAGACCAACACCACGGUGGCGGCGGUCGUGGUCGCCACGGCAAGCGAUCGCGCCGCAACCCCUCGCCGCCGCCCGGCCCUGACCGCUGCUUCUUUUGCUUGUCGAACCCCAACCUGCCGACUCACAUGGUCGCCAGCAUCGGCGACGACGCCUACCUGGCCACGGCCAAAGGCCCGCUGCCGCUGCCGACCACGUUUGCGGCGCAGGGGUUGACCGCGCCGGGCGCAGCGGACGGCCACAGCGAGGACAGAGACGGCAACAGAGACGGCAACAGAGCCGGCUUUCCCGGCCACAUGAUUAUCGUCCCGCUCAGCCACGCGCCCACCAUCACGGCCGGCGCCAUGCACUCCAACGACCCCAGCGCGGCCGCCGACAACGGCCAGGUCACGGCGGCCAACACGUUCCGGGAGAUGACGCGCUUCCGCGAGAGCCUGCAGGCCAUGGUCGCGAGCCGCACGCGCCAGCAGCUCGGCACCGUGACGUGGGAGAUUAGCCGGCAGCGCAACGUGCACGUGCACUGGCAGCUGGUGCCCGUGCCUGCGCCGCUGGUCGUCGGCGGGCUGGUGGAGGCGGCGUUCCGCGUCGAGGCGGCGCACCUGCAGCUGCCGCCGCUGGUGGAGGACACGUCGACGGCGCCUAAAGACGGCGAGGCCUACGUGCCCAUCGAGGGCGACUACUUUCGCGUGUGGAUCUGGGGCGAGGCGGCCGGCCAGAAGGGCGACGGCCCGGGCGAGGACAAGAUUGUCGGCAAGACGCUGGUGAUGCACCUGGACGAGGGCGCGCGGUUCGACCUGCAGUACGGCCGGCGCGUGGUGGCGAAGCUGCUGGGGCUGGAAGCGACGCGGACGGUGUGGCAGGAGUGUUCGCAGACGGAGGCCGAAGAGGAGGCCGACGUGGCGGCGUUCCGGGCAGCGUUUGAACCGUGGGAUUUUACCCAGGAGGCGUAG